AUGAAACCAUCUUGUAAGGGUUGGAGUGAAAGGCUUAAGGAAGCUCUUUGGGCUUACAAGACUGCCUAUAAGACCCCUAUAGGCAUGUCUCUCUUUUGGUUGCUCUAUGGCAAGGCUUGCCAUCUACCUAUGGAGAUCGAGCACAAAUCUUAUUUGGCAAUCAAGGCAUUUGAUGCAGAUCUCGAAUCUUCACUUUUCAAUCAGAAGAUGCAACUCCAAGAACUUGAAGAAAUGAGACUUGAAUCCUAUGACAAUGCCAGAAUCUAUAAAGACAAGCUGAAAAUGAUUCAUGACAAACAAAUUCUGAGAUAG